AUGGAGCUUUACUUCACCGUCAAGGCAACAAAACACGAAGAUAAGGUGCUGCUAAUUCUCCUCGCAGCCGGCGAAGAAGGCCUACGCCGAUACAACAGUUGGUCGAUGACAGACGACAACCGCAAGGACCCACAAAAAAUAUUCUCUGCCUUCAUGGAGCAGCUCGAACCGGCAACCAACCACCGCGUCUGUAGACUUGAACUCAGCAAAUACCAACAAAAGCCAACUGAAACAACGGACAUCUUCGUUAACAGAUGCCGACUGCUAGCAAAGAAAUGCGACUUCACCGCCGCCGAAGUAAAUGAACGACUCGUUGAGUUACUAAUUGCCAGCACGCCCAUACCCGAACUACAAAAGGAACUAUUGAACAAACCAAAGGGUUACAAAAUCGAAGAGGCUGUUAAAUUAGCCCGUUCUCAUGAAGCAUCAGCAAUAUAUGUCAACCAACUCCAGCAGCUACAGGGACCACCACAGAUAGCCACAAUAAACCGUGGUACACACCAACAGCAAGGGAGUGACAGAAAAUACAGACAGGUUUGCAAAAAUUGUGGACGCAACCACUGUUUUGGCAAAGAACACUGCCGUGCCAAGAACGACACAUGCAACACAUGUGGCAAAGUAGGCCACUGGGCUACAGUCUGCAGCUCAGGGAAACAUAAGACCAAGAGACGACAAGGGAAAACCUGGUCUAAUGGUUGUAACCAGUUGAGACACCCACAACAGGAGUUUGGCAGGAAAGUCGACAGCGUCGCCAAACAAAACGACCAAGUCAUGACCGACAUAGACACAGCGAUGGAAAACCACACCUUUAGCUCCAUCGAAACCAACAGUGGGAAAUCAUCAAAUAUGAAAGGCCCUCGAAAUGAGGCAUUUGUUGAUUUAAGCAUCAAGUUGGUGGACCACCCAGGCACUCAUACUUUCAACCUGAAGGUAGAUACAGGGGCACAAGCAAACACACUGCCUAUCCGCAUAUUCCGCAAGAUGUACCCCACCAGUACAGACAAAGCUGGAAAUCCAAUACCCGGAUCACUCACCUCAACACAAUGCCUACUAACAGCUUACAACAACACAAAGAUAAACUGUUAUGGCACCACAAAUAUUAGGUGCAAAUACAAGAACUCUCCAUGGAUGGAUACCCAAUUCUACGUGGUUGAUGUUCCAGGAGCAGCCAUAUUGGGCCUGCCAACAUCAGUAUCACUUAAAGUAGUGACAAUGAACUGUGCUAUAUCAGUCCAGCAACAACCCAUCAACAGUGUAGCUGACCUAAUGCGCCUCUACCCUGACAGAUUCGACCGUAUUGGUGAAUUUCGGAGGACUCACAAGCUUGCUGUUAACCCCAAUGUGCCAUGCCACAUAGACCCACCGAGAAGGACACCUAUAGCCAUGCGCGAAAAAAUCAAAGCUGAGCUUGACAAGAUGGAAUCACAAGGAGUCAUUCGCCGUAUUGAAGAACCUACAAACUGGGUAAGCUCUCUUACAUAUGUCACCAAACGUGACAACACAAUAAGAGUUUGCCUAAACCCACGAGCAUUAAACAAAGCUCUCAUACGGCCAUACCACCAAAUUCCAACUGUCGAAGAGCUCAACCAUCGAUUUGCAGGAGCAAAAUUCUUCUCAAAACUGGAUGCUAAGUCUGGGUACUGGUCCAUAAAGCUCGAUCGUGAAAGCCAGCCACUAACAACUUUCCAAACGCCAUUUGGGAGGUACUGUUUUGAACGACUUCCAUUUGGUCUGAGUGUCAGUCAGGAUAUUUACCAACUUGAGAUGGACAGGAUACUCGAGAAGUGCACUGGAGCCUGUGGUAUAGCUGACGAUAUCACCAUAUAUGGGUCAACAGAACAUGAACACGACAAAAACUUAAAGCGCUUUAUGGAGGUCGCUACUCAAGAGGGCCUUACCCUCAACUCAGAGAAAUGCAAGAUUAAACGCCGGGAAAUCUCCUUCUUUGGAAACCUGUAUACACAUACCGGAUUGAAACCUGACCCAACAAAAGUACGUGACCUACAGGAGAUGUCAGAACCAUGUAACAAAACAGAAUUACAACAGUUUUUAGGUGUGAUGACAUACCUAUCUCGCUUCAUCAAGGACUUCAGCUCCAAAACUACUGUGUUGCGUGACCUGUUACACAAGGACUCUGAUUUUCAAUGGGAACCACAUCACCAGAAAGUUUUCAAAGAUCUAAAGAGCGAAGUAUCUGAAACGUCUCUGCUCCACUAUUUUGACCCCAAACUCCCAAUUUACAUGCACUGUGAUGCGAGUAUAUGGGGAAUAGGUGCAGCUCUGCUACAACCAGAUGCAGAUGGCAAUCUAUCGCCUGUUACAUAUGCUAGCAAGAGCUUAACACAAACGGAACAAAGAUACGCAUGUAUCGAGCAUGAGCUACUGGCCAUCGUAUUUGGCACACAGAGAUUCCACACAUACCUUUAUGGCCACAAUUUCCAUGUCAUCACCGACCAUAAACUCCUUACAAUGAUUAUCGACAAACCGCUCACCUCAGCCCCAGCACACCUGCAACGGAUGCUUAUACAACUCCAGGGAUACAACUUCAGGCUCACCUACAACAAGGGAUCUGACAACAUCUUGGCUGACGGACUAUCACGCCUACCAUCACCCGGUAAUUCAGACCCUAUCGAGCUUGAUGUCCGGGUUGAUACUGUCCGUUUCUCUAGUGAUCGUAUUGAACAACUGAGAAACUGCACAACACCGGAUCCUUUGCUUAACCAGCUGAGAGAGACCAUCAUCACUGGAUGGCCAGAGACAAUCAAGCAGCUGCCCACUGACAUCAGAGUGUUCUGGGGUCUAAGAGACCAGCUCUCAAUUGAUGAUGGUCUUAUCCUCAAAGGACAACAAAUCGUCAUUCCCCAGACACUUCAAGAAGACAUCCUAAAACAGCUUCAUACUGCUCACUUAGGACAGGGGAAAACAAAACUCCUCGCCAAUGACACUGUCUACUGGGUAAACAUAGAGACAUCGAACAGUUCACAAAGUCAUGCAGCAUUUGCUAACAGCAUCAGCCAUCCCAAAUGCAAGAGCCCCUUAUUCAACACGACAUCCCAACAAAGACAUGGGACAUAG